UUGUAUUAUAUUAUAGCUCUGGCAACAGCUCUAGCAAUAGCAAUGGACUUGUAUUAUCGACCCGGAUCUGCGCCGUGUCGAGCGGUCAUUAUGACGGCCAAGGCAAUUGGAAUUGAGUUUGAUAAGCUGAUUUUUAUCAAUACACGCGCUGGGGACCAAUUCAAGCCGGAGUUCCUGAAGGUGAAUCCACAGCACACGAUACCCACGCUGGUGGAUAAUGGCUUUGCGCUGUGGGAAUCGCGUGCCAUCAUGGUCUACCUGGCGGAGCGCUACGGCAAGGGGACGCCGCUCUAUCCCCCGAACAUUGAGCAGAGGGCGUUGAUUAACCAGCGCCUGUACUUCGACAUGGGCACCUUGUACAAGAGCUUCGCGGACUACUACUAUCCGCAGAUCUUCCAGCAGCAGGCGCCCAAUGAGGAGCAACACAAGAAGAUCGAGACUGCGUUUGAGCUGUUGGAUGGCUUUCUGGCGGAGCGUAGCUAUGUGGCCGGCGAUUGGCUGACUCUGGCCGACAUCUCGAUCCUGGCCAGCGUUUCGUCCUUCGAUGUGGCGGGCUUUGACCUGAGGCGUUAUGGCAACGUGGCCAGGUGGUACGAGCUGGCGAAGGUGAACACACCUGGCUGGCACUCCAACUGGGCGGGUUGCCUGGAGUUCCAGAAAUACUUCCAGAAAUGAAAUUGCCUAUGAUUCAAUUAAAGACAGAUUCGUUUA